AUGCCACUAUUGCAUUUUGGUCUUGAUAAGAGGGAUGCCAAAGAGAAAAGUAAAAGGAUAUCUGAAUCUCAACAAGAAAUGAGAUUAAGAAAUAGAAAUAUAAGUAAACCAAUUCCUCUUACUAUUCCGAUGAACAUUGAAGAAGGAAGUUCCACUCUAAGGGUUAAGAAAUUUUGA